UUUUGUCUCUAUUUCCUCACAUUUAGCCCAUCCUCUCAUCUAUCAUUGCGCACUCGUCAUCAUAUCUCUACCACCUAUAUAUCGUCUUAAAUGUUCUUAGCAUUAUCAUUCUUGAGCUUGAGCUUUUCCUUUACUCAGCUUCGAAAACUAGCUCAAUCUCAAAUCAACACCUUUAACAAUAAUUUGAGCUUUUCCCUUUGACUCAAUUCCAAAAACUGGCUCGAUUAAUCCCACUAUCAAUAUUUAUAAUAGCAACUUAGGCUCUUUUCUCGACUCAGCUUCAAAAACUGGCUCAAUCCCGACAUCAUUAACAACAACAAAAUUGACAUCAUCAGUACCACCAUCACCACCAUUUCAGUUACCCCUAGAUCCACCAUCGGAUAUUGGAUGUGGAACCCUAAGGAUGACGAUGAUUCGUGGGAAAUUAGGGCUUUUGAGGAAGAUACUGGGAAUUCCAUGGGUGCAACUUGGCCACCAAGGUUCUAUGCUUGCACCUUUUGUCGGAGAGAGUUCCGGUCCGCCCAAGCCCUAGGCGGUCACAUGAAUGUGCACCGUAGUGACCGUGUCAGGCUCAAUCAAACACCGUCACAUGCUUCAAAUAGCUCCACUAUUAAUUUCCCCAAUGCCAAUUCUACCCUUCUUAUCCAAAAUCAAGAAUUCAUCCAAAAUGGUGGACUUUGCUUUCUUUACUCCAUGCCUAAUUAUUAUAAUAACCCUAAUCCCACAACAAUUAAUAAAUCUAUUAAUGUAGAUCCCUCAAAUCUUCUCUCCAAUAUCUCACCCUUUUUGACAAAUAAUUUGAUGUCUCCUUGCACUAUUCCAUCUUCAAAUUUCCAGCCUCACAACAUCAGUUCUUCAUCAUUUAACACAAGUGAACCUUCAGCAUCUAAUAGUACUAGUAACGACAAUAAUCGCGAUAAGAGGGUUGAAGAUGAUAUUGAUCUUGAGCUCAGACUAGGAUGGAGAUCAGCAACACCAAGAUGACAAGCCAAGAAAUUGCAAGGUGUUGUGGGGGUUGAUUCCUUCGGAUGGACACUCAACUAAUAUCUAUUAUCUCAGUAAGUCAUAUUUCUAAGACAAUAAGUGUUAUUUGAAUGACCAUACGAGAAAUCAACUCGAUGUGGUUAAUUUGUUUCCUAGACUUGUUGUAAGAAGUGAUUUUCUUUUCUCUUUCGCGGAUUGAUUUAAUUAUUUGUUGGGCUGGGACAGUACUGAAUAAUUAAUAGUAGUAAUUGUCAUGAUGAUAAAAAAUUUUAGGGUUGGAAUCCGAGCUAGACUGUUAAAAGAA